CGGCGCGCGGCCGGAAGCGGCGGCGGGGGAGGCGCCGCGAGGCUGCGGCGGCAGCGGCCGGAUGUGAGGGGAGGCGGCGGGGCCCGGCGGGGGCGGCCCCGGGGUUUCCUGCUGUGACCAUGCGCAUGCGCCACCAAGGGCGGACCUCUCCGACACCGUGUGGUUUGAACCGACCGCUGGCGGCGGAUCCCUCGCGGCACGGGAGGGUCCUGUCUGGCUUGGCAGCCGGUGCCUGGAGCCAUGGAAGAGCAGCCAGGCUCUCCAGCCUGCGAGUCCCCCUUUUCCCUGCGGCGUGUCUGCAUUUCCGAAGAUGGGCCUGAAGGUGAAGAGCAGGAGGAGACUCCAGAGGAGGACACCACCCGGGCACAGCUGCCGGGAGACUCCCCAGAGCUGCGCAGGCAGGUUUCUCCUCGCCGUUCAGGACGCUGCUCGCAAGGGCGUGAUUCCCUCGCCCCUCAGGAUGUGGACAGCCCUGGCCAAAAGGCAGGAGAGGGUGAGGGGGGUGCCCCUUGCCCCGAGCCCAAGGCACCGGGGGAGCUGCAGCCCCGCAGGCCGUUCCGGCGGAAGCACCGGCUCUAUCUGAAGCCCAAAUCGAGCCCGGCCCCAGCAUCCCCAGGACCUGGGGAGAGAGCCGAAGAGCCAGGGCCCUCCCGGGGAAAGAGGCUGCGCUUGAUCUGGGGACAGGCCGGCGACUUCCGACGGAAGAAAAGCCGUUUGGAGAACGGACUGGAGGAGGCCCCUCUUGUGCCCCAGAGCAGCGAAGAAGAGGAGGAGGGAAAAGGUUCCCGAUCCUGCUCCCCCGAGCCGCCUCUUCCCGGAGAUGCCCGUCCCAAGCCGGACUUUGUGCAGCUGAUUGACGAGCACGGCAUCUACUCCACCGCCAAACUCGUGCUGGGCGGUGCGGCGGGCGAGCUGGAGGAGGCAGCGGUGGUGCUGCCGCCCCACCUGAAGCGGGGCGCGAGCGUGGCCAGCAGCGGGGCCGAGUUUGAGAUCCGCGAGGUGAUCGUGGACGAGAAGCCCUUCCAGUGCGGCGUGUGCGAAAAGGCCUUCAAGCGGGCCUGGGAGCUCUUCAGCCACGAGGUGGUGCACAAUGAGGAGCGCCCUUUCCGCUGCGACCUCUGCGAGGCCUCCUUCAAGCGCCACUCGGACUUCAAGAGCCACCGGCUAGUGCACACGGAGGAGCGGCCCUUCCGCUGUGAGCUCUGCGGCAAGCGCUUCAAGCGCUCCUCCAACCUCCAGGAGCACCGGCGCAUCCACACGGGCGAGCGGCCCUUCCACUGCGCCUGCUGCGACAAGAGCUUCAAGACGCCCUACGAGCUGCAGCGCCACACGCUCACCCACUGCACCGAGAAGCCCUUCAAGUGCGCGGACUGCGGGAAGGACUUCCCCACCUCCAACGCCCUCCUCCUGCACCAGCGGCAGCACUGCGACGACAAGCCCCACGUCUGCGGCGUCUGCGGCAAGAAGUUCACCUACGGGCACAGCCUCAAGGUGCACGAGCGCGUGCACACGGGCGACCGCCCCUUCGUCUGCCCGCUCUGCGGCAAGGGCUUCAAGCAGUCCAACGCCCUCUCCUCCCACGAACGCGUGCACACGGGCGAGCGCCCCUUUGUCUGCAAAACCUGUGGGAAGGCCUUCAAGCAGUCGUCCUACCUGGUGAUCCACGAGCGGGCGCACACUGGGGAGCGACCCUACAAAUGCGAGGCGUGCGGGAAAGCCUUCGCCCGGCCCUCCUUGCUGCUGCAGCACCAUCGCGUGCACAGCCAGGAGCGGCCCUACAAAUGCAGCUUCUGCCACAAGUUCUUCAAGGACCUGGCCUACCUGGCUGUGCACGAGAAGGUGCACACGGGCGAGACCCCCUACAAGUGCAGCGUCUGCGACAAAGGCUUCGCUCACCCGUCCAACCUGCUGCAGCACCAGCGCGUGCACCGCGACGGCUGAGCCCCGGAGCAGCGUGCGCAGCGCAAGCGUUUUGAGGCCAAGAAGCCCACAGCCAUAAGCGAGUGUGCUGCAAGCAUGCCUGCAGCAGCAGACGAGCCCCAGGCCAGCCCGCUGCAGCGCGUGUUCCCGUAGGUGUGCAGGGGGCUGCUGCAGCGUCCCUGGAGAGGAGCCCAAGAAGUGGGUGCUGCUGCAGCUCUCCUCCCGAGCCCGAACCCACCAGGGCUUCAGCUGCAUGGCUUUUCUCUGCCAAACCCUGACACGUGCCGUUCUCUCCAUGCUCCUCCCAGAGAGGUGAUCCCACGGGGGUCCUAACUGAGCUCUGAAGUUUGGGCUCCUCUCUCCCAGCCGGUGCUGCCUGCAGGGAGGUGGCGUGCCGUCCCUGAGCGCUGCUGGCCGCGGGCUGGCCAGUGGCAGCGAGCUGUAGCCUGUGGCACGCCGCCGACGGGCAGCCACAAGUCCUGCUAGGAGGAGGCCGUGGUGGCUUCCAGAGGCAAGCUGGGCUGGCCAAGGCUGCGGUGCGGCUGAGAGCCAGCGUCCAGAGCUCUGAAGACCAGCAUCAGCCAGGCCGUGGCAAGCCCUUUGUUUGGCUGAUGCUAAGGGAUGCUGCAAGGAGGACUUACUUAGUUACCCCAGUAAGCGGAGCUCAGCCUGGCCACGCAGCGGGCUCCAUCAGCAUGUCUGCCUCGUGCUUUGGGGCCACGCUGCUGCCUUCCUUGGGUGCAAGAGGUAGGCUGGGUGCUCCUGGGGAGCCCCUCGAAGCAGGGGUACGCUGCUGCCUGUGACUGAGCCCUGCAGCAGGAGCCCUGUCCGUUUCUUGGGGGGUGUAUAUCAGUGGAAAGCACGAUGGGGAACAGCGGUGUGCAGGCACCUUCCUUUCCUUCUCAUGAAUUGUAAGCGUCCCGUCCAUGUUUCACGCUGCUACUGAUGAUCAGGUUAAUAAUGAAAGCAGUGCCCUUCGCCCUGCUGUGCAGGGGCCACGCGGGCGCUUUGCUGGUACAGCACCACGCAGGCCCCCUCCGUUCUCUCCUGGGCAGGGAGCAGAGGCAGGGCUGCGUUGGCUGCAGGUGGUGCGUUCUCACUUAAAACCUGGCCUCAAGGCACAGGGGAAGGGGUGGGAGUGGAAGGGUGACCCUGGGAGAGCCGGAGCGAGGAGGAGAAGGAGCUGCCCACGUUGUGCUGGUGGGGGAGUAUCUUCU